UUAAACAUUUUAGACAGGUGAGGACUCGCAAGAACCAAUAGAGUUAACUUACCAUCCUCCUAGCCGUCCUGAGGAGGAGUUCCUGUGUGAAAAUGUGAAGUCGGCACAGUCGGUUGUGUUCAGCUCCUCAAACAACAUUCAUGAAACCGAAUAUAACUAUAUAAUAUAACCUUAAAAUUUAUGUUUUAAGGUCGAAAUAGGUCGUUUUUAUCGCCUGUCUUAGUUGUCCUCGUAGAAAACGAACGGUUAGGUUGCUAUGACAACCUGAGUAAAUGAGGAAUUUUUAUCUGCUGUCUUCAACCUCUGGAUCCUGGCCGUUACAGUGGUGAGGACGCGCGCCUUGUGUUUAAAUUCACCCGCGGGCGGGAAAAACGUGACGGAUCUCAGAGCGUGGGCUGUUGUGGCGGGAAUCAUGUUGGCUUUGAUGUUCACCUGUCGCUUACUGCUCAUCUUUCUGUCGUCAGAUUCAGUAAAGAUGACGGACGAAAAUCAGUUGCUGGGGUUGGAAAAGCAGUGGCAUCAGAGGUGUGUUCUGGACUGUGCUGGAGGGCACCAUCAAGCUGUGUGCGGCAGCAACGGCCGAAUGUAUAACACUCUGUGCUCUUUCCAGCGUGCGCAGUGCAUCAACAGACAGCUGAGGACAGCAGCGGUGUCCACGUGCACAGAUGCGUUGAGGUCUAAAUGUCAGCUGGCUCGCUCUCAAGCUCUGCGGGCCAGCGCUCGUUCUGAUUCCUUUGCUGUCUUUAUCCCAGAAUGCAAAGCCGAUGGAACUUUUACAGAGGUGCAGUGUCACAAUCAGACGGGUUACUGCUGGUGCUCCUCUCCUGAUGGGAUUCCUGUGAGCGGAAGCUCUGUCUUACACCUGCGGCCCAACUGCACAGGUCAGAUGUCAGAUAUGGCUCAGGAAACUGAACAGCAAUUAGCACAAGCAAAGCGAGGGGUUCAGUGGCGCUCCACUCCAGAUCCUGAGCAGCGAUCUGUGCUGACCACUGCAGGAGUCACAGUGCCUCCAUUUUUGUUAACAAUCCUUCUGAACUCUGACCCGAAUGGAAACCGUUCUGUCAGGCGUCCCGCAGACACUUUAAAGACCUGUGAACAUGAGCGAAUGUCUAUGCUCGCUGAAGCGACCAUUCAAGGCUCAGAAGAGCGUUUUAUCCCAGAAUGCAGUGCAGAUGGGAAGUACAGAGCCGUUCAGUGUCACAGCAGCACAGGAUACUGUUGGUGUGUGAGAGUGGACACAGGGCGGCCCAUCCCAGGCACUUCAGCCAGGAACCAACUUCUUGACUGCAGAGCUCAGGAAACACACACGCUCAUCAUCAACAACAGCUACACACACACUCCUCUCGCAGGUUGUCCCAGUGUACGAAAGGCAGAAUUUAUCAUGAGUUUAAUACAAGCUUUCCAGCAGGAAGUUGAAAGUGAUGCGUCAUAUUCCCAGUACAGGACACCUGUGGCCCGUCCUCAUGUCCUCAGCUCCCCAGCUUCUUUCUCAUCUGUUCAAAGUGUCCGUCUGUUCUUUACGCUGCUGGACGCAGAUGCUGACGGGCUUCUGAGCGAGCGGGAAGCACGUCCCUUACGUCUCCUGCUCCGCAGAACUCUGCGUCCUCGCCGCUGUGCCAAGAAGUUCAUGCAGUUCUGUGAGCGGAACGCAGACCGCCGUCUAAGUGCUCAAGAACUCACUUCCUGUCUUGGCAUUUAAGGCCGGACUCCAUAAAUAUGCACAAGAUGAAGUAUCUUUGGAAAUGGUUUGAGACGUCAGUUUGACCUUCAUCUCCUCACAGCUCUUUUGAGUGUUUUCAGACUGCAGCGUUCAAUCACUUCACUCUGGGUUUCUGAAUCUGUUUCAGCUCUCGCCGCCGCUCUGACCUUUUCACUUAUGCAAGUCCAAACACUGCGCCCUUCAAAUAAAGCACUUGUUAUUGGUUCUGUAAAAAUAACCACGGUUAAGCCCGUCUGGCCGCUGGAGCGGUCGAGUGUGUGUGACUGUGGAUUUGAGUGGCUGAGACACGGUACAGUUCCAUGGUAAAUCUUAAUCAUGUUCAUGACGUGCAGUAGGAUCUGAAAGUCUGAGACCACAUUGAUAAAUGAAAUAUAUACUUUUUUAUUUAAAUU